CCGAAGAAGGGGAAUUGUUGAGCUUUCCAGAAGUGUGAUUGAGUAGGAUUCAAAGGAGCUCCAUUUCUGGGUGUUCUUCCUUGAUAGGUUAGCUUCGAAACAGAAGGUUCUUUUAGGGAAAUGGUGAAGGAAAUGGUGGGAGCUUGAUCCCGUGGAUGGGAUUCCUCCCAGCAAAUCCAAAUCUGUUUUCCUCUAAAUAUCCGCCAUGUUUGCUUUCUCUUUUUUUAGUUUUAGAUAUGCAUUUUUCUGAUAUUGUAAUUUUGGCGCUAUAAAAAUAAUGUACUUUUAUCUUCUGUCCGCUUUAACAUCGCGCCAUGAAAUAUGUACUGUACUUUUAUCUUCUGUGCACUUCAAUAUUGCGCGAUGAAAAAUGUAAAUUUUACCUAUUUAAGGGCAACUCCCACAGAUACGCAGCUCACUAAUCGUCUUAAGUUUCUCUCUUCCUCUAGGCAUACUUUUAGGACCGCACGGAAAGGUAAGCCCACUCUCCGCUGACUCAUUUUUAAGUCUCUCAUUCUGGUAGAAAUUAUACAGUCAGUACUCUUUCGUGAUCAAUUGAUGCUUGUCAUCUUGAUUAUGUUUCCCUAAAUCGAUCUGUUUCUUUUCCCUCUUUUUUUGGUUUCUUGAUUUAGUUGUGCUAUUACUAGAAAUUAAUGCAUGCAGAGUUC